GCGACCACGGUCACACUGGGCGCUAAUUGCAAUUUAUAAAGAACGUUGUGUAAAAAGAAAAACCCUGAGAGAAAAACGUGGAUAACGUUUAAAGUACACAACAUGUCGACUGCGGGUGAUGAACAGCCUGCGGCUGAGAGCGCGGUGGCUGCUGGGAAUGGGAACGCUGAGCUGGCCAACAAUGCGGGUGCUGAAGGUCAAGAACCGCAGCCACAGCCACCCCAAAAUCAGCCCUCUCGCAUGGAGUCCUUCUUUGCGAUGACCAAGUCGCUGAUCCUGCGAGCCCUGAUCAUCUACUUUGUCAGCUCGUUCUUCCGAAAGCCGACGACGAAUGCCGGCGAAGACAAGAGCGUGGCCGCAGCGGGUCCAAAAAUAACCGCGUGGAACUUUUUUGAGAACGGAACAGAUUUCGAUUUGCACGUCUGGCUGUCGGAGGAACCGGACGUUGUGAACUUCCAGCAGAAGGCGAAUCUGCUGUGGCUGCAGGAGGAUCUCACGUAUGGGGACUGGAGCUCGGGCCCCUCCAGGGACGGCAUCUACAGCCACAACCUGAAAAUUAGGGCCAGUCAGCAUUUAAUGAACAACGGCAGCGUCUACCUGCACGCCUUUGUGACGAGGAGCGGCGAGAGCCCGGACCCCAAAUCGGCGAACUAUGCCCGGAGCGGUCACAUGGGCCACCAGCAGCACCAGCUGAACAAGUUCAAGAAGCUGCGCGUGAAUCGUAACUACAACCUGCUGGCCAGCGAGAAGGAGAAGCUGGAGCACGAGCUGAAGCACGCGAAUCUCAAGGACCAGAUCGUGUCCCACUGGCAUCCCAAUCUGACGGUCAACCUCGUGGUGGACCAGACGAACUGGGCCCAGGGAUCGGUGCCGCCGCCACUGGACGAGUAUGUCAAGUUUGUGGAUGGCGGUAAGACCUAUUUGCCCAUUCUGUUUGUCAAUGACUACUGGAAUCUGCAGCGUGAAUAUUUACCCAUAAACCAGACCACUCCCGAGCUGGAGCUGCACCUGACCUUCCAGCCGCUCGGCAUGUUCAAGUGGCAGCUGUAUGCCGCCAAGCAGAUGAAGAACAAAUGGGCUGGCAACAUGCUGGGCGACAUUAUGGCAGCUGGUGCGGUGGAGGAGACCGACGAGGACCAGGACUCGCUCAAGGAGACCCUGCUCGACACGAACAUCUAUCUGCUCGGCAUCACUGUGGCCGUCUCCAUACUGCACUCGGUGUUCGAGCUGCUCGCCUUCAAGAACGACAUUCAGUUCUGGAACAACCGAAAGUCGCUGGAGGGCCUGUCCGUCCGCUCCGUGUUCUUCGCCGUCUUCCAGUCGCUCAUCAUACUGCUGUACGUGCUGGACAAUGAGACGAACUUCAUGAUACGCAUAUCCUGCUUCGUGGGCCUGGGCAUCGAGGUGUGGAAGAUCCACAAGGUGGUCGACAUCAACUACAACCAUGAGGAAAAGAUCCUGGGCGUGUUCCCCCGGAUCAGCUUCAACGACAAGGGCUCCUACUCUGAGAGCUCCACCAAGGAGUACGACAGGCUGGCCUUCAAGUAUCUGGGCUGGGCCUGCUUCCCCCUGCUGGUGUGCUACUUCAUCUACUCGCUGAUCUACAACGAGCACAAGGGCUGGUACUCCUUUGUGCUGAACAUGCUCUACAGCUACCUGCUGACGUUCGGAUUCAUCCUGAUGACGCCGCAGCUGUUCAUCAACUACAAGAUGAAGUCGGUCGCCCACAUGCCGUGGCGCAUGAUGACCUACAAAUUCCUCAACACAUUCAUCGACGACAUCUUCGCGUUUGUGAUCAAGAUGCCCACCAUGUACCGAUUAGGCUGCUUCCGCGACGACAUCAUCUUCUUUGUGUUCCUCUACCAGCGCUGGCAGUACCGCGUCGACCUCAAGCGAGUCAACGAAUUCGGCUUCUCCGGCGAGAUGGAGGAGGAGGCCGCAGCAGGAGCAGCUGGCGCCAAGCCAAAGCCCCUGCCGUUGGAGGGGCAGGCGAAUGCGAAUGGGGCGGCCAUCGAGGCGGCGGCCCCCACGACCAAAAAGACAGCCGCACAAAAGAAGCAGGACUAGAUAGAGCCAUGUUGGCCACAUGUACGAGCCAGUAGCCAGUAUAUGCAUUAGGAAAUUUCAAAGGCAUUACAUAUUAUAUCUAAUAUCUACAUUAUACUCUAAA